AUUAUUAAUCAAAUCAACGAAAGAAUGAAAGGAGGGCUGUUGUUAAAUAUUUUGUUAAUUUCUGUAAUUAACAUUAAAUCAAUUAAGUGUUUGACUGCAUUAACAUGCAAUAAUGACAAUAAACUGAAGUUUGAUUGCCACCCAGAUAAGGCAGAAAGUGAUUUAGCAUUGGAAGAAAAUUGCAAAUCUAGGGGAUGUUGUUAUGUUCCAUCUAAAGGAGAUAUUGAUACACCAAGCUGUUUCUUUCCAGCUAAUUUUAACUCUUAUAAAAUGCAGACAAAAUCAUGUGCUGCAUCUGGUUGUAGAUUUUUAAUAAAGAGAGCAAUGCCAUCUGGUUGGCCAAGAGAUAUUAACGAAAUAAGAGUGGACCUGACUUUUGGUGAAGAUAUUAUUCGUAUUAAAUUUACGGACCCGAAAGACAAAAGAUUUGAAGUGCCUCUUGUCAAUCAUUUCAAACAAAAGCCAUUUUCAAAUUCCCAAUUUCAAUUUGAUUUCGUUCCAGAUCCAUUUGGUAUUAGAAUCACUAGAAGAAGUACAGGAGCUGUGAUUUUUGAUACAACUGGUCUAAUAACACCAAUCAUUUUUUCUGAUCAAUUUAUUCAAAUUUCGACGAAAUUAAAUACAGGACUUGUUCAAGGUAUAGGAGAGCAUCAAACAAAAGUACUUUUGAAUGCAACAUCAUCCCGAAAAAGAUACUCUUUAUGGACUAGAGAUCAGGGUCCAACUUUUAAUGCAAACCUUUAUGGAGCUCAUCCUGUGUAUUUGCAAAUGGAAUCGGAUUCAUUAGCCAGUGGUGUUUUCCUAUUAAACAGCAAUGCUAUGGAUAUCGACCUAACGCCCGCCCCGGCAGCUACUUUUAGAACAAUUGGUGGAGUCCUAGACUUUUUUAUCUAUGCGGGACCGACACCUGAUAGAGUUAUAUCACAACAUACGCAAGUUGUUGCUAAACCUUUUUUUCCACCAUAUUGGUCUCUUGGAUUUCAUCUAUGUCGCUAUGGAUACAAUUCUGCUAAAAACCUAAAAAAUGUUAUAGAUAGAAAUAGAGCCAUCGGUUUACCUUAUGAAGUUCAAUGGAAUGACAUUGACUAUAUGAACGGCACAAAAGAUUUUACUUACGAUCAUCAGAAAUAUUAUGGUUUACCCGAAAUUGUUAAAGACUUACACGAACACGACCAAAAAUACGUGAUAAUUCUGGAUCCUGCUAUUAGCAGUAACCAAAAACCUGGAACUUACAAGCCCUACGACGAAGGUUUACGUAGAAAAGUAUUUAUGACCAAUGAAUCGGGUGGCGUGCUUAUUGGAAAAGUUUGGCCUGGAGAAACUGCUUUUCCAGAUUUCUUUCAUAACGAUACCAUUGAUUGGUGGACAGAUCAGCUUUUUGACUAUCAUAGGAAAAUUCCGUAUGACUCAUUGUGGAAUGAUAUGAACGAACCAUCUAAUUUUGUGGAGGGUUCAAUUAGUGGUUGCCCUAAGAAUUCUUUAAAUAAUCCUCCCUAUACCCCUCCUAUAACAGAUGGAAGAUUGUCUGCUAAAACUGUUUGCCCGUCAUCAUUGCAUCAUAAAUAUCAUCAUUAUAAUGUUCAUAAUAUGUAUGGUUUAUCUGAAAGUAGGGCAUCUCACAUUGGCCUUACCAGGUUGCUAAAGAAGCGAACUUUUGUUAUUUCAAGAUCAACUUUCGCUGGUUCAGGUAAAUAUUCCGGUCAUUGGGGAGGAGAUCAAGCAGCAACAUGGCAAGAACUUUAUUAUUCUAUUACCCAAAUGUUGAACUUUCAACUUUACGGUAUUCCCUUUAUGGGAGGAGAUAUUUGCGGAUUUGUCGGUGAUACUACCGAAGAACUAUGCAUCAGAUGGACUCAGGUUGGUGCAUUUUAUCCAUUCAUGAGAAAUCAUAAUAAUUUAGGAGGAAAAGAUCAAGAUCCGGCAGUUUUUAGUAAACGAGCUCAAGAAGCAAUAAUCGAUGUAACCAAGUUUCGUUACUUCGUUAUGCCUUAUCUCUAUAGUCUUCUUUAUUUGGCGUCUACCACUGGUAAACCAGUAGUUCGACCUCUGUUUUACAAUUUUCCAGCCGAUAAGAUCGCUUGGCCAAUCGAUCAACAAUUUAUGUGGGGGGAAUGCCUUUUAAUAUCUCCUGUUCUUACGCCAAAUACUACAGUCGUUAGGGCCUAUUUCCCGACUCAAAGGUACUACGACGUAAAAACAAAGUUAAUUCUGGAUUCAACAGGUCAAUGGCUUGAAUUAGCUGCUCCUUUGAAUACAGUCAACGUACACCUUUUAGGAGGCUGUAUCUUACCUACACUUUUACCUGAGACAACAACAACUAAAGCUCGACAGAACCCAUUUGGUGCUCUAAUAGGUUUGGAUAGAAAUGAGAAUGCCAAAGGUUUUAUGUAUUGGGACAAUGGAGAUGAUUUAGAAUACGGAGAAAGGAAUACGCAAAUUAUCUUCAAAUGGACAACUAAUGCUGAUAAGAAAACAGCUCUUUUCGAAGCUCAAACACUGAUUGGAAACUAUAAGGAAAUGAAAACUUUAGAUGACAUUAUCCUUAACGACACUAGAGUUAUUUUCGGUAAAGUUGAAUUUAUUAAAGGCUGGGCAAAUAGUAAUUAA